CCUGAGAAGGAAGGAACGUCAUUUGGCACGUAGCUUUAGCCUCAGAUUAGCUUGGCUUCAAAAAUCACAAAUGUGUUAUCCCAAACAGAGGCGUCCCCUUUUUUCCCUCAACCCACCAUCCCAGUCAUCCCAGAGUUAAUACUUCGCCCUCUGCUGUCUUUCCAGCCGGAAACAUGUACAUAAAGGCCCUAUUCCGUUGCAGGGACAUGCUAAAGGGAGAACUCAUCGUGUGAAAUGCUGGCUAGCCUUCGCGCAGGGGCCGAAAACCGAAAGCGGCUAACAGCACCGAGGGUUAACUCGUCACCAGCAAGCCCGAGGGCUUCCUCACAUCAGCCGUAGACGCCAGACGGUGGACGGGCUGACACGGUGUCUUUCCUACGACGAAGCAGGGGAUCUGUCCGUCUAAGGCAGAGGCAUGGGGGCGUUUCUGGACAAACCCAAAACGGAGAAGCACAACUCUCACGGCGAGGGGAACGGCGUGCGCUAUGGGUUGAGCUCCAUGCAGGGCUGGCGGGUGGAGAUGGAGGACGCGCACACGGCUGUGCUGGGCCUUCAGACGCCCGGCAUGACCGACUGGUCUUUUUUCGCCGUGUACGACGGCCACGCUGGAUCCAGGGUGGCCAACUACUGCUCUAAGCACCUUCUUGAACACAUCAUCACUGCAAGCCUAGGAGCUGGGGUCACGCCCGGCUCGCAGGCUGGGUCCGACAGCUCCAGCCUGGACUCUCAGGCGCUCCCUGCUCCUGCCGUGGAGGCUGUGAAAGCCGGCAUCCGCACGGGUUUCCUGAGGAUCGACGAACACAUGCGCAGCUUCUCUGACCUUCGGAACGGCAUGGAUCGCAGCGGCUCGACGGCUGUGGGCAUCCUGCUGUCACCAGACCACUUCUUCUUCAUCAACUGCGGGGAUUCUCGAGCCGUUCUGUACCGCAACUCGCAGGUGUGCUUCUCCACGCUCGACCACAAGCCUUGCAACCCACGCGAGAGGGAGCGCAUCCAGAACGCCGGCGGCUCGGUGAUGAUUCAGAGAGUUAAUGGCUCCCUGGCGGUCUCAAGGGCCUUGGGGGACUACGAUUACAAGUGCGUGGAUGGCAAGGGCCCCACGGAGCAGCUGGUUAGCCCUGAACCGGAGGUGUAUGUGAUGGUCCGGGCGCCAGAACAAGAUCAGUUCAUUAUUCUGGCGUGUGACGGCAUCUGGGACGUCAUGUCCAACGAGGAACUGUGUGAGUUUGUGAAAUCGAGACUAGAGGUUUGUGACGACUUGGAGAGAGUCUGUAACGAAGUGGUGGAUACCUGUCUGCACAAGGGAAGUCGGGAUAACAUGAGUAUUGUUUUAGUGUGUUUGCCCAAUGCUCCCAAAGUAUCCGAGGAAGCUGUGAGGAGAGAAGCUGUGGUCAACAAAUAUCUGGAGGCCCGGGUGGAAGAAAUGCUGUGUCGGCCCAAUGACGAGGGGUUUCCGGACCUGGUGACGGUGAUGAGGAACCUGGCCUCCGACAGUGGGAUGCCCCCUCUGCCACCCGGGGGCGGACUUGCUAGCAAACGCAGUAUUAUCGAAGCAGUAUACAACCGUCUGAAUCCAUACAAGGAGGAAGAUGGAAGGUUUAGAUCUGAUGAGGACGAGCCAGGAGGUGUUUCUGGUUUCUGUCCGUCCCUUCCCUCACGCCCCGGUCACACACACACACUCCUGCACCGGGCCCUACACGCAUGCAUCGCUGUCUCACUCCACGUCUCAACAGAUUGCCACUCCCGGCAAGAAGAUAACGGAGUUUUUUUUUUUGGCAUGAUGUUGUAUCGAACGAUCAACGCACUAGAGAGUGGAGCAGAUUUGGAGUGCCACUGGUAGCUGUCCAGCACCGACUGCCUGAUCCAAAAGACAAACCCCCCCCCCACAGGACCACUAUUCCACAUGAGGUUGCAUCCCAACUCGUCUUGUCAUUUCACCCGAGAGAAUAAUCGCUUUUGAUCCGCAACCCGGCGCCGAGGACCGCAAAACCGAUUAGGAGGCUUCUUUUGAUUAGCACAGCGCACUACAAGCAUAAAUGUACAAUGCACACUCCCCGACAGAAAGACGAGUAAGCACAGUUUUCCAUGCUUACUUUUUGGUCUCCCUUUGUUGGUCGUUUUUGUUGUGGACGCGGGACUUUACGGUGCCUUGCAGAGACCUGAGAGAAGACGGGAGGACCUCACAACUCAGCAGCCUGCCAGCCAUUACUGAAAACCAGCCGCCCAACGUGUCUGUAGGAGACUGAAGAGGCUUCAGUGGUUUGUGGCGUUGUUCGUUUGGAUUUUACCUUUUCAUGCGCCUGACUGAGAUCUCACUGAGCACACAACCCCGCAACAGCUACAUAAGCUACACGGUCCAGUCGGGGUGCGACGGAUGAUAUGACAUCAUCUUUGGGGGGUUAAAGCCGGUCAAGUCCUCACUACCCGAAAGACUUCUGGGUUAAAUGUCCGAUCACCUGAGGCUCCACACGAUAACACCAGAGUCUGCGUGCCGUCUUGAUUUCAGUUCUGGCUCCUACAACAGGCUGGUGUGCUUCUUCUCCACAGAUGGACCGACGUAUGACUCUUCUUGCACGUCUCUGCUCAUUGUCUCUAUUCUCGCCUGUUAAAGGAUGCAACCGUUCAUCCCCCCCCCCCCCCCCCCCCCCCCCCUGCUACUUCUCACUUUGCUUCCUGUCUUCUCCAGUAAAAACAGUGUGUAGUGCAUCGGUGAACCUUGCCAGAAUCAUAAGCUUUAGAGCCUGCUCUUCCUGAAAAUGAUUCCUGAAAAUGAAAAUAGAGAUAGAUAUUAUAUAUUACAUUUAUUUAUAUAUAUAAAUAUAUAUAUAUAUAUAUA